AUGCAGUACUCCGGGUUUUUGACAAAUCGACCCAUGCUGCUGUCUGUGCUGCUGGCUGGAUUGGCUGUUGCAAAACCAGUGACAGUCCAAAUGGACACAAACUGGCACGCCGUUCCUUAUUACGCGCAUGUACUGGAGACAAUUUCGGUCCAUAACUCGUCGGCGUAUUUCCCGCUGCUUUCGGUUUACUUGUCUGCCGAGGAAUCCGACGGGCGUUUUUCUAGCGAAGAAGAGGCUUCGACAUUUCUGUUGGACACAGCUGUCUCGCGCGAUUUCAUCUCCGCGUCUCAGCUGCCUAUUGUCAAGGCACAGCUCGCAAACAGCCACCGGGCUGCCUACGUCGAGGCCAUGUGCCAGCAUUUCAUCAACGAUAUUGUGCCCACGUAUGGUGCUGAAAUUGCCGAGUGCGACAACGUUUUUGUUUACAACGGCAAGGCAACUUGCGAAGCCACCGAUGUUUUUGCUCUCGAGACUACGUCGAGCACUGCAGCCCCUAUGGAUCUCAUCGAUACUGACCACGUCAUUGGUGGUGCUUCCGCAGAUGUUCCUUGGGCAAUUUUGUAUGCCGAUUUCAACUCUGAGGAGUUCCCCGUGUUUCAUGCAAACCUAUUAGCCUCUGCUCUCCAGCAGAAAGUUUCUUAUGUUCUCCGUUACAAGCCCUCCAAGGGUUACAACCCCGUGAGCCAAAUUGGUGGCUAUGCGGCCACCGUGCAGCUGAAAAGAACCGACUAUAUUGUUGUAAAUGACCGCAAUGCCGAGGGUGAAGAUUCUCCUGAACUCAAGAUUGACUAUGAAGCCAACGUUGUGGAGUCUAAUGCGAUCCCUCAACUCGAUCAACGGGCUGCUGGUUAUAUUCUAGAUGCUGAGGACCAACUCGAGGCAUUGGUUGAUACCUCGUUGAACUUCCCUGGUCGGAUCGCCGAUAUCAAGGAGCAUCCAAUCAAUGAGGAUUUGACUCAGGAUAUCGAAGCAAAUGACGCUGCGGGCUUUUUCACCCCUGGUACCAAUGUCAUCUUGGCUAAUGGUCGCCCUGUUUUCACCACCGAGCGUAACGUUUACAAGCUUCUUGAUGUGAUUAACGAGGAGCAGCAUUAUAUCAAUGGCCUUGAGGUGCUGGGUUUCAGCACCGAGCAGGCAAAGGGGUUGCUAGCCAGUGGCAUUGUCGUUGCCGAUGGCAAUACAACUGUAGAUGCAACUAUGCGCUACAACCUGAUGAGCGAUGCUAUCCUGUGGCUUAAUGAUGUUGAAAACGAUGUUCGUUUCAAGAAGUGGAAGCGGAGUCCUCGUACUCUUUUGAUGAAUACGCCCAUGGGCCAGUUCCCACCUAUUCGUCGCAACAUUAAUUCCAUUGUUUUGGCUGUAGACUUCUCCAAUCCAUCUUGGCUACAGAUGAUUGGACAGCUUCUCCAAAUUUUGGCUCGCGGUGCUCCUGUGCAGGUUGGCGUUGUCCCUAUCACCACCGCGCCUGCUGCCAAACAGUUUGUUAAACUUGCCGGAGAAACUGGGUCUUUAAUUGCUCGUCAGAUUUACAUUGCUGGGCUUCUCAAAGGCCUGACUCCGAAUGAAGCCUUUAGUGAGGCGCUGGAAACUCCCUUCCCCGACUCUGAAGCUAGUCUGAUUGACCCCAAUGAUGUCUGGACUUCUGUAGCUGAAUGGGCAAACAAGUUUGAGAUCUAUCAGCCAGCUGUUUUCUCCAACGGUGUCUUGGUCCCGCUUUCUCAAUCCUGGCUUAUCGAUGCGACUAACCAGUUCGGUAUUGACCUCGAUCUUGCCCGCAGCUGGGUUGAGGAUGGUGAGCUCGAAGAAGAUGAUUUAACCACAAGCCUACGUGACAAGCUGUUUGGACUUGGUAUCAGUCGCCGCUCAGAAAUUGUCGACCCCAUCAACCCUGCUGCAGUAGUAUACGUCGAUCCUUCUGGUGUCCUUGCAGAUGCUCCUGGGGCUGCAGUUCAAUGGGCUGUCGGCAAUACGAGUCAAACUAUUUGGUUGGUUGCAGAAUUCAACACUCAAGAAGCUUAUACACAACUCGCAGAGCUCUUGGAGGUUGCCGGUACCACCAAACGCUUCUCGGUUGGCGUCCUUCCCAUUACCUCUACUGAAGUCGAUGAUCGCUACGGUCGUGCUUAUGCGGCCCUUCAAAAGCUAGGUAACUUGCCAGCGCUUGCUGCAAUCAAUUCCGUUGAGGCUCUGCGUGCUUGGCACCAUGCCGAUGGCCCAGCCCCCAAGAUUGUCGAAGAGGAAGGUAGUGGUGCUCUCGUUACGUUUGCUUCCCAAGCGGCUCAGACGCACUUGUUCAAGGAAGUCAUCCCCCGCCGCUUGAACCUAGUUGUUGAUGGUCGUUUGGUCGUCUUAACUAAAAAGAUUGACGGCGAGAUCAUUGAGCAGCUCGUGGAGCGUGAGCGCCCCAGAGCCCUGCGCCUCUCUAAAGCUGCCGCAGACCUGGGUAUUGAGAAUGCAUCUGCUUUUACUGCCCGUCUGACAAAAGCCUGGUACGGUUCAGAGACUAGCCGGCUCAUUACUGAACAAUGGUUUGGCCUGGAGCGGGGUAUCAAGAAAAAUGUUGAAAACGCCAAGGUUGAUAUCAUGGCUAUUGUUGAUCCUGCCAGUGAGAUUGGCCAAGAACUCGUGGCUUUGCUGAAGUUAGUGUCUGAUUUGAAUGUUGCCUGUAUCAACGUUUUGCUUUCUCCUCGACUCCUCAAAGAUGCAGAUGUACCCAGCCGAUUCUACAAGCCCGUGUUCCCGUUAGCACCCAACUUCGAUUCACAUGGACAUCUUGUUACGCCCGCUGCUGAGUUCGAAGGGCUUGGGGAUGACACUCUUUACAUUGCCGGCGUCGAUACGCCUUCUGCUUGGGUUUCUAUGGCCAAAGAGUGUGAGUAUGAUUUGGACAAUAUUUUGCUGAACUCGGUUUCAGGAGACCGCUUGGAAGCAAUUUACGAGCUGAAGCAUCUGCUUCUUGAGGGCCAUGCUUCUGAUAUCACCAAUCGUCAGUCUCCUAGAGGCGUUCAACUGGUUAUCGGCAACACGGCCACUCCUCACUUGUCCGACACUAUGGUUAUGGCCAACCUUGGUUACUUCCAGCUUCAAACUGAUCCGGGAUUCUUCACGGUCUCAUUGGCUGACGGUCCUUCUAGUGAUAUUUACCAGUUUAAUGGAGAGGGUAUGUCUAGCAAUAGCAUCGCCCUGUGGAUCACUGAAAUGGAUGGCACCACGAUUAUGCCCCAUCUUGUUCGCCGUCCCGGUAAAGAGACAGCAGAUGUUCUUGAGCCCCCCAAGAAGAAGAAGAGCUGGUUUGGUGGCAAGCCAAAAACCGAGGGUGCUGAUAUCAACAUUUUCACUGUUGCCAGCGGCCAUCUCUAUGAGAGAUUCCUGAGCAUUAUGACACUCUCUGUAAUGCGUCACACCAAGCACACUGUAAAGUUCUGGCUGAUUGAAAACUUUUUGUCUCCCUCGUUCAAGAAGUUCUUGCCUACUCUUGCUGAAGAGUACGGGUUUGAGUAUGAGUUUGUGACCUACAAAUGGCCCAACUGGUUGCGGGGCCAAAGCGAAAAGCAGAGAGAAAUUUGGGGCUACAAGAUCUUGUUCCUGGAUGUGCUCUUCCCCCAAAACCUUUCCAAGGUAAUCUUUGUCGACAGUGAUCAGAUUGUACGCACAGACAUGAUCGAGCUCGUGAAUGAGGACCUCGAAGGGGCUCCUUAUGGCUACACCCCAAUGGGAGAUGACCGCGAGGAGAUGGAGGGUUUCCGCUUCUGGAAGCAAGGAUACUGGAAAGACCAUUUGCAAGGUGCACCCUACCACAUCUCUGCCCUUUAUGUGGUGGAUCUUGAUAGAUUCCGCGAACUGGGAGCUGGUGAUAUUUUGCGCCAGCAUUACCAGCAGCUUUCCGCUGAUCCCCGGUCACUCUCCAACCUUGAUCAGGACUUGCCCAACAAUCUGCAGGGGCUCGUCAAGAUCCACUCUUUGGAUAAGAGCUGGCUAUGGUGUGAGACGUGGUGCAGUGACGAGAGCCUGGCGAAUGCCAAGACAAUCGACCUGUGCAACAACCCUCUUACCAAGGAACCCAAGCUUGACCGUGCUCGGCGCCAGAUUCCUGAAUGGAUCGAAUACGACGACGCGGUCAGCGCGUUGCGCAAAAAGGCCGCUCAGGCGGCGAAAUCCCGUGUCCAGGCCGCGAAAGAGGCCGUGGAAGCUGCAAUGGGCGUUGCUAUUGGCCAUGAAAACGAUGACCAUGACGAGCUUUAA